CCCAGGCUGUGGCUCAGCUCUUGGAGGGAGUCGAGCACCAGGCAUCCAGCAGUUAAGUCGUACCCCUGCCAGCAUGGCCAGUGAAUUCAAGAAGAAGAUCUUCUGGAGGGCUGUGGUGGCCGAGUUCCUGGCCAUGACCCUCUUCGUCUUCAUCAGCAUCGGCUCUGCCCUAGGCUUCAAUUACCCACUGGAGAGGAACCAGACACUGGUCCAGGACAACGUGAAGGUGUCUCUGGCUUUUGGUCUGAGCAUUGCCACUCUGGCCCAAAGUGUGGGUCACAUCAGUGGUGCUCACCUCAACCCAGCUGUCACACUGGGGCUCCUGCUCAGUUGUCAGAUCAGCAUCCUCCGGGCUGUCAUGUACAUGAUUGCCCAGUGUGUGGGGGCCAUCGUCGCCACUGCCAUCCUCUCGGGCAUCACCUCCUCCCUACCUGAGAACUCCCUUGGCCGCAAUGAGCUGGCUCGAGGUGUGAACUCUGGCCAGGGUCUGGGCAUUGAGAUCAUUGGCACUCUGCAGCUGGUGCUGUGUGUGCUGGCCACCACUGACCGGAGGCGCCGUGACUUAGGUGGCUCAGCUCCUCUUGCCAUUGGCUUCUCUGUGGCCCUGGGACACCUGCUGGCGAUCGACUACACCGGCUGUGGUAUCAACCCUGCCCGAUCAUUUGGCUCUGCUGUGCUCACCCGCAACUUCUCAAACCACUGGAUUUUCUGGGUGGGGCCAUUCAUCGGGGGUGCCCUGGCAGUGCUGAUCUAUGACUUCAUCCUGGCCCCUCGCAGCAGCGACCUCACAGACCGCAUGAAGGUGUGGACCAGUGGCCAGGUGGAGGACUAUGACCUGGAUGCUGAUGACAUCAACUCUAGGGUGGAGAUGAAGCCCAAAUAGAGGAGGCUUGGCCUAGGCAUCCAUAUGGGGGUGGGGCAGGGAUGGGUGGAGGGAGGGGAGGGCUUAAAUCCUAUUGUAGACACUCUGACAGGCUGACCAAAGUCACUCCCCGAGACCUGCCUGACCUGAGUGGUCCUGCCUCGUCUGGGGCAGCAAUAUCAAUGUCUUUCUUUCUAUUUCCUGGUCUCAGAGCUUCCUGGGGACCAAGAUUUAUCAACUCAGCACCUCAUUCCAUUGACACCAUGGAGGAGUGAAAGGGAGGGACCCGCUUGCUAGGUGUCCCCUCAGAGUGUGCUAGAAAGUCCCCCUCAUCCCAAAGUUGCCCAGCAAGUCACCCACCUUAGGUGCCUGGAAUCCUGCCAUUGUUGCUUUGUGCCUUUGACCUUGGCCUUCUUUGAGUAGGCAUCUUGUCCCCAAACUUGGAGGGAGAGGAGGUCCCCUAAAACUUUUACCUUUGGUCUAUCUUACCUUUAGGGCCCUUCCUCUUAGACUCACUAUAGGACCUUGAAAUUGUCCCUGUGUGCUGGGGCUUCAGUGACCACAUCUGUCAAGUGGCAAGGAAGGAACCGCUAUGGGGACCCAUAAGAGGGGACAUACCACAGGUUCUAGAAGGAACAGUCUAGACAGCAUGCUCUGUCUACCUGGCCUGAGCUCUUUCCCAACAUCCACAGCUCAUGAGCACAUGUGGAUGAGCUAUGAAGCAGAGAUGUGGUUUGGGGUGCUGGAAAUGCCUGUCACCCAAAGAGGCCUUCUUUAGGUCGGUCUGCGGUAGCAGAAUGAAGGACAUUUUGUGGUGGAGGAAGAGCUCCCGCUCAAUUAUCGAGCUCUAGUUGGUCUGCCCAUCUAGUAUGGCCCUAACCGGAUAGUUUUUUUCAGUCCUCCAGGCCCCCAUGCAGUGUAGAUUCAGGGGAUGUGUUUAUUAAAGAGCGUUGAGCUAAGUAUCACCGUCUAAGGACGGAAGCAGCUGGACAUGGAGAAAUCCUGGGACAGACACCCACACUGGGCAUGCAGGGCCUUGGGUGCCCUAGCUCACACCAUAAUCAAGGAGGUCACUCCCGCCCUGGUUGAUGAGCUCCUGGCUGUCUGUGUUCUGGACAACCUCAACAGGCUCACUAUGGGACCCUAGGCACAGUCUUCUUUCUUUAUGGACCUGAUGAGGCAUCUUCUGCUGCAGCCCAAGGACAGGUCAGAGCACAGGCAGCCCAGGGGCUGACAUCCUAAAUUCAGCUCUUUAGGCUAGUCCAUCCAAUCCCAUCAGGCCAGAGUGGCUCCACCACUGUGCCCUUAACCUUGUUGUGAACAUAAACAGAUAGGCACAUUCUUCAGGUGCUUAGGAACAGCAGGACAGUCAGAAGGCCUAUGGUUACAGCCUCAUCUCCACUCCCUAGCAGGCACCAUAGCCCACUUAACAGAUAAAGACACUGAGAACCCAUGUGCCCAACUAGAUCAUAUUGGGUCAAUCUUAACAGCCAAGGUCAUGUUUGGCCGCUCCCUGGUCAACGACGUGGACUCCUCUCACCUCCAGCUUCUCAGUUUCUGCCUGGGUAAUGGCUAAGGGUCAUGGGUGGUGAUGAGAGACUAUGUUAGAGGGGGCGGGGUGGACCCAUCCCACCUGGUUCUGGCUACAAUGAUCAAGGACCCCACAUCUGUCUGCUCUGUGUAUGUUUCUUUGCAAUUGAAAUUUUAUCUUAUGGUAAGAAAAUAAAGGACAAUGACUUGUAAGGUCA